AUACCGCCCGUGGCGAGAGCUGGGAACAGAAAGCUGAAAGCGCGGAGAGGCAUUCCCCCCCUCGAUUCGAAAAGGGCAAACCAGCAGCGGCGGCGGCGAGGUUCAUCCGCUCCGCCUCGCAAGCAGCGGCUGAUCCACGAGCAAGGGGUCUAAGCUCCCUCGAUUCUCCAGCCAUGAAGUGCCGCUCGGAUUCGUCGGGCGGGGGCGAAGACCACGAGGCACCGGCCGCCGCUGCCACGGGGGGUGGCGGCUCUGGCGAGCCGAGUAAGAAGCAGCGGACGGAGGAGCCGUCCUCCAGCUCCAGCGGGGCGGGGGAGUGCUCGCCCUCGUCCGCGUCGGCGGAGGCUCCACCGCAGCGGGAGCAGUCGGCGCCGGAUGCAAGAGAGGGCGCGCAGCUGCCGCCGGGCGCUGAUGCAGGAGAAGGGAGCGAGGAGGCGAGGGUGCCGGAUCUCGGGGAAGACCUGGUGUUCGAGGUGCUGAUGCGAGCGGGGGCGCGGACGCUGGCGACCGCGGGAUGCGUGAGCCGGGGCUGGCGGCAGCUCGCGCGGGACGAGCGACUGUGGGAGGCGGCGUGCGUGCGGGAGUGGCCAAACCUUGGGUUAUCCGAGCAGAUACUUCGCAUGGUCGUGCUCUCGUUCGGCGGCUUUCGCCGCUUGUACGAGCUCUACAUCCUUCCGGUCCAGCGCCGUGCUGCAGGUGUGCCACCUAGGCAACGGAGGGGGCAGGUACCGGUGAGACUGGGCCGCGAUCAGGUCCAAGUCUCACUGUCCCUGCUCUCGACCUCGUACUUUCUGAAGAUGCCUAAUGGUCCUCCUCCUAAGAAGGACAAGGAUAACGAUAAAGAUAGGAAUGGAGGUGGUCAGUGUGGGUGAUGAAGUUCGUGAAAAAUAAUGAGCCUACUUCCGAAGCAGCAUCACCACAAGCUGUUUAUGCAAUAUCAGUUGGCCAGAUCAUGGUUCUUUACUACAUUUGUGGCAGUUAGAUUGUGAUGGUAUCCCUUGAUUGGUGGAUGAAAAAGACUAAGAUAGGUGUGUAUGCACUGAUGUGGAGGCAGAUAAACUGCAUGAGAUGGGAUUGAAGGGGGUUGCAGUAGUUCCUUUGAUAGCUACCUAGUCUAUGUGAUAUGUACCUGCUAAAUUACACAAGAUCAGAUAACGUGUAAAGUUUCCUUGAAAUAUAUAUGCCACGAGAGCAGCAGACGUCUUUGUGCUGUCGUGCCUUGUACUUUCUAAAUCCCCAUGAGUCAGAGGGCAUGCUUUGGUAGAGAGGGUAUGUUUAAGCAUAAUAACUUUAUAAUUUGGGAAAUAGCUGAUGUGUUGUUUUCUGCUACUAAAAGUUCAGUUUGGUUCUGUUUUUUUUUCAUCCUACUGUUAGGUUUAUUAAGCCAACAUGAUGCUUUACAGUUGUGUGGGAUCAUGUAGUUCAUUUCAGAUGGAUCAAUCUGUUUCUUAAGUUGAUUUAUUUUUUCUCUCAAUUUGCGUCUUCAGAAUUUUGAUCUUCAUUCCUGAUAUUUUAUCCUUUUUAGGUAAAAUUGUGAUUUUUUUGUAAGAUGUAAAGUUUACAAAUUGCUUCACUGUUGUUUCUUUUUGGUGUGGUAAUUAGCGUUCAACUCACCAAAGUUUUUUUUCUCCCCUUCAAUCCUCCAGUUUGACCUUUGGUGAACUGUUAGAAACCAUAAACAGUGAAGAUGUCGCUGCCUGCUGAGCUUUCCCGUGAGGAAAACGUUUACAUGGCCAAGCUUGCAGAGCAGGCUGAGAGGUAUGAAGAGAUGGUUGAGUUCAUGGAGAAGGUGGCUAAGGCAGUUGAUUCUGAGGAGCUUACUGUGGAGGAGCGCAACCUUCUGUCAGUUGCUUACAAAAAUGUCAUUGGAGCCCGACGUGCCUCAUGGCGCAUCAUAUCCUCCAUUGAGCAGAAGGAAGAGGGACGUGGCAAUGAGGACCGUGUCACUCUUAUCAAGGACUACCGUAGCAAGAUAGAAGUUGAACUCACCAAGAUAUGUGAUGGAAUUCUCAAGCUCCUUGAUUCCCACCUUGUCCCCUCAUCCACGGCUCCAGAGUCCAAGGUCUUCUACCUCAAGAUGAAGGGUGACUACUACAGGUACCUUGCGGAGUUUAAAACUGGAUCUGAGAGGAAGGAUGCAGCUGAGAACACCAUGGUGGCAUACAAAGCAGCUCAGGAUAUUGCCCUGGCAGAGUUGGCCCCCACUCAUCCUAUUAGGCUCGGGCUGGCGCUCAACUUCUCAGUAUUUUAUUAUGAGAUCCUCAACUCUCCUGAUCGUGCUUGCAGUCUUGCUAAGCAGGCUUUUGAUGAGGCCAUCUCGGAGCUGGAUACCCUGAGCGAGGAAUCCUACAAGGACAGCACUCUGAUCAUGCAGCUUCUGCGUGAUAACUUGACCCUGUGGACUUCAGACAUCUCGGAGGAUGCCGCCGAAGAAAUCAAGGAGGCUCCCAAGGGCGAGUCUGGAGAUGGGCAGUAAAGAUGAUCCAUGUCCCCAAAAACUACAUUUCAGUGUUCGGUCUCCUAGCGAAUCUGUCAUGUGCUCUGGGUUCUGAUUUCGUCCAUAUAGGUUGUAUUGCUGCUUGUGAUAGCUGGAAAUUGGUGACUCCCUUCUGUGCUGUGGUAGAAAGGCUUGCAAGUACCAUGCUGCUUGGCAGGUGUCGUCAAGCUACACUUGGUUGAGGGAGCCUUUAUUUGUUCGAAUCAUUGGCGUUACUUUGUAUUUGUAGGUUGGUCUACCUGUUUCUUUUGUCUCCAUGUUCGUGUCUUUUCUAUUGUUGAUUGAUUUUGAUGUGUUUCCGUCAAUGUGCAUGCAUGAUGCCCUUGAACUGAAAUA